CAUGGCGGCGGCGGCGCGGCCGCUGGCGCUGCUCACCAGCUGUGCCGCGGGCUUCGCGCCCGAGGAGCUCGUCAAACGUAUCACAGGAAAAGAUGACCUUACUGUGGGUGCAGUAACAAGUGGAAGAGUGAAUUUCUACCCCUGGACAAUAGAUAACAAAUACUAUUCUGCAGAUAUCCACCUCUGUGUGGUCCCCAGCACAUUCCACGUGACUGCAGACAUUGCUGAGGCUGUGCAGGCAUUUGUGGUGUACUUUGACAGCACAACAGAAACUGGACUGGAGGGUGUCUCUGAAUGGCUUCCCCUGACAGAAGAGUGGCUGCCAGAAGUGAUGAUCCUGGUUUGUGACAGAGUGUCUGAGAAUGGUGUAAACAGACAGAAAGCUCAAGAAUGGUGCAUCAAGCAUGGCUUUGAGCUGGUAGAGCUCAGCCCUGAGGAGCUGCCUGAUGAGGAUGAUGAUUUCCCCGAGUCCACCGGAGUGAAGCGCAUUGUGCAGGCCCUCAACGCCAACGUCUGGUCCAACGUGCUGAUGAAGGGGGACAGGACCCAGGGCUUUGGUCUGCUCAGCACCUUGGCAGGAGCCAGCAGGAGCCGUGGCUGUGAAGAGACCCCCCAGACAGAAUCCAACCCAUCCCCAGGAGACAGGGAAGAGUCCCAGUCAGAGGGAGAGGAUGGAGCUGGCACCAACAGCCUGGAGCCUGCCAGUACUGCAGAUCCCAUGCUGGAAAUGGACAUCCAGGAGCUGGCCAGCCUGACCACGAGGGAUGGGGACCUGGAGAACUUCGAAAGGCUCUUCUCCAAGCUGAAGGAAAUGAAAGACAGAGCUGCCACGCUGCCCCACGAGCAGAGGAAGCUGCACGCAGAGAAGGUGGCCAAAGCCUUCUGGAUGGCAAUUGGAGGGGACAGGGACGAGAUUGAAGGUCUGUCCUCGGAUGAAGAGAACUGAGUUCCUCUGUGCUGGGAGUGCCAGAGCAAUCCUAAAGGAUGAUCCUUCCCUGAAUCAGUGCUCAUUGCCAAAACCCAUCUAGCUGUAGCUGCUUCCCUGGGUGACAGCAUUCCCCAAAUUCCACAUUCCACAGCACCUCCUGGCUCCAGGGGCUGUGCCUGACUGUCCUUCCUCCUCUCUCAGAGGACUUGGGAAGGUGACAGCGUGUGCUUCAAGGAAAUAGUGAUGAGUUUACAUUUUUCAAAUGAACAUUUUUAUGAUUUCCUCUCUGGGGUUUAAAUAAACAAAUGUGCUCCCAGUUCUCUCUGCACACAGGGCUGGGGCUUGGGAAGUGACUCCUGAGUUUGGAACUCCCAUUUUACAGCUCUGGGGCUCUUGGGUGGUUUUGUGGAGCUUUUCCCAGUUCACAGUGCCUGGAUUUGGAUGGGCCACGAGGAGGAAGCUGCUGAGCUGUGGCAGGGCUGGAGCUGCCAAGUGCCAAAGCCAUUCCGAGGGCUCAGGUUCUGUUUGGAUUUGGCCUGUGCAAGGAUGGGAGCCUUCCCUGGAAUGUCAGGUGUUCCACUCCCUGGAUUCCCCCUAGAAACAGAACUGGGGAUGAAAUGCCAGGUUUGUGCUGCUGCUCUGGGGUGGAAUCUCUGCCCAAACCUUGUGCCAGGCCUGGCAGGAGGCACAGAGCUGCUUUGGGAUCCCAAUCCCCUGGGUGCCCCUGUCUGUGCUCACACUCCUGUGUGCCCAUGGAAUUCCCUUUUCCUGCAUCAAUCCCUGUCACUCCCACAGCAGCACAGGGCUCAGGGCCUCUGGAAUUUGGACAUGGCAGGAAGGUGGAGCCUGCUGAGGAGGAAGAGGAGGGAGAUGCCAGCCUGGCUCCUCUGCUGCAGCCUGAUCAGUGGGAAGAGGAUCCAACAGAUUCCCAUAUGGAAGAGUCUGGCCCCAAGAGCUUUUCCUUAUCCAUCUGAAAAUCCCCCCUGCUAAGCACUCUCAGUUAGGAAUUUCAAAAUUCACUUUCUCCCAUGUCCCCUGAAUUUUUGAGUCCCAGGACAUGGGUUUGCCAUCCGUUAUUGGAUGCUUUACAUCCUGCAGGCACUUCCACUGUGCUCCUUGAGUUCCCUUUUUCUUUAUGAAGCAAAGGUGAAUGUAAAUCAGCUCCUUGCAAUGCCGGGAAUAAUUUCCUGGGUCUGAACUGCAGCAUUUAAGGACAGGAG